AUGUCUUCCUUCUUCAACCGCUCCAAUCAACCGACGCCGCCUCAGCAGCCCCAGGGUGGGCCGUACUCCCGUGUGCCGGGCGGUAGUCAGGCCAGCUUGCCGUCGGGACCGAGGGCGGGGCAUCGUGUUCCGCCGCCGCCGGCGAGGUAUGACGAUCCCGGCCAGUACGAGAAACGUGGUUACUCCGGUCGAAGCUCUGGCGCUCCGAGUGGCGGCGGCACGUUCAACAUCACCUCGAGUCCUUCCAACGCGCUCGCCUUCACCAACUGCCUGAUCGUCAAUCCAAAUGACUUUCCCGACAAGACACAAGUAUUGGUCAAGCAGGCGUACAUCAUGACAACCAAACACGACCCGACUGGCCAGAUCCCUCCCGGCACGAUCGGGACCUCGUCCUCCCACCGCGCCUUCAUGGAACUCUCCCCCUCCGACACCGUCACAAUCUCCCCCCUCCCCUCCGCACCUCACCCCGCCGCGCCCUUAUACCUCGAAACGCUCGCGAUCGAGAUCGGCUUCGCGAAGCGCAUGCAGGUCCAAGAGGCCCCCUUCGAAGCCGACGACCUCGCAAAGACGUUCGUCAGGAUGUACGGCGGGACCGCACUGGGCAACAACCAGCCGUUCGUGAUGGACUACCGCGGCGUACCGCUCACCGCGCGCGUCAAGGCGCUCACGACGCUCAUGCUGCCCGACUCGCCCUCCGGCGCGCGGCAGGAUGCCGGCGUGGUAUUCGAGCAGACGGACGUGACGUUCCUCAAAGACGCCAACUCGCCCUUGAAGCUCAAGGGAAGCGCGAAGAAACCCGCCGCGAACGCCAUCCUCGCGCCCAACUUCAAGUUCGAAGACAUGGGCAUCGGCGGCCUCGACGCCGAGUUCGCCAACAUCUUCCGCCGCGCGUUCGCCUCGCGCGUUUUCCCGCCCGGUUUGGUCGACAAGCUGGGCAUUCAGCAUGUGAAGGGCAUAUUGCUGCAUGGCCCGCCUGGAACGGGCAAGACGCUCAUGGCGCGGCAGAUCGGGAAGAUGUUGAAUGCAAGGGAGCCGAAGAUUGUGAAUGGGCCGGAGAUCUUGAAUAAGUAUGUGGGCGCGAGUGAGGAGAAUAUUAGGAAGCUGUUUGCGGAUGCUGAGAAGGAGUACAAGGAGAAGGGUGACGAGUCCGGUCUGCACAUCAUCAUCUUCGACGAGCUCGACGCCGUCUUCAAACAGCGCGGCUCGACCAACACCGGCACCGGCGUCGGCGACACCGUCGUCAACCAGCUCCUCUCGAAGAUGGACGGCGUGGACCAGCUGAACAACAUCCUCAUCAUCGGCAUGACGAACCGCAAAGACAUGAUCGACGAGGCGUUGCUCCGCCCGGGUCGUUUGGAGGUGCAUAUGGAGAUCUCGCUGCCGGACGAGCAUGGACGGUUGCAGAUCUUGAAUAUCCAGACGAGCAGGAUGAGGAAUAAUGGGGUUAUGGAUCACGACGUCGACCUUUCGGAGCUGGCGAAGCUCACUAAAAACUUCUCUGGAGCCGAGAUUGGCGGUCUCGUCAAGAGCGCUACGUCCUUUGCGUUCAACCGACACGUCAAAGUCGGGACUGUGGCGGGUAUCGGCGAGGACGUGGAGAACUUGCGCGUCAAUAGAGCAGACUUUUUGAACGCGCUGGACGAGGUGCAUCCGGCGUUCGGAGUGAGCGAGGAGGAGUUGGCACAGGUCGUCCAGGCGGGCAUCGUGCAUUACGACCACACGAUCGACGAGAUCCUGCGCUCCGGCCAGCUCUUCGUCGAGCAGACGCGCAGCUCCGAGUGGACCCCGCUCGUCUCGGUGCUUAUACACGGCCCGCGCGGAUCAGGCAAGACGGCGCUGGCAGCGACGAUCGCGCAGAACUCCGGCUUCCCCUUCAUCAAGCUCCUCUCGGCCGACUCUAUGGUCGGGUUCGGCGAAGCGCAGAAGAUAUCCGCGAUGCAGAAGGUGUUCGCGGACUCGUACAAGUCGCCGCUGAGCAUCGUCGUGGUGGACAACCUCGAGCGCUUGUUGGAGUGGACGCCCGUGGGACCGAGAUUCUCGAACGGCGUGCUGCAGGCGCUUAUCGUGCUGAUGUCGCGCCGGCCGCCCGCUGGCCAUCGGUUACUCGUUCUCGCGACCACAUCGCUACGACCCAUGCUCGCCGACGUCGGUCUCGACACGUUCGAUGCUGAAUUACGCGUCCCGGCUCUUUCGCACCUCACCCAACUCCCGCCCGUACUCGAAGCCGCGAAAGUCUCGCGCGACGACGGGAGCAGGGCCGUGCGUAUGCUCGAGCAGGCCGGGUUCGCGCGGGACGCGAGGGGCGUGGAGGACGGUGCUAGGAGCUUGGAUGUGGGUAUCAAGAGGCUGAUUAGUAUUCUUGAGAGGGCGAAGCAGCAGCCUGAGGAGCUGGCUGAGAGGUUGACGAGCGAGUUGAUGGGGUUGGGGAUGUAG